GGAUCGUUCGAUUGGGCGCGCGGUUACUCAAACGUUCGAUAAAGAAGGAGGCAAACCAGUCCUUUAAAUGGUGUUUUCACUCAACUUUCUAAAAUCCUCUUAUUCAUUGAUCACCUAAAAGAAAAAGGGCAAUUCUUCUUUUGUUUUCUGCGUUCUUCUACUCGGAUGGUUGGGUUUUUCUUUGGUCAUUUUCUGCAGCGUCGCUCCCAAAUCAUAUUGGGACGCUGCCUGAGAGAUCUGAGAGUUGAAUUGGCUCGGAGGCGAAGGCGUAAUAAGCGUACGUUGGAAUCUUUGGGAGCGUGGGAAGCUGCGGUUGCAGUGACGGGGGAGCAAAACCGCCGGAUUAGAGUGGGAAUGAGGCGACAGUGUGUUGUCGAUUCCCUUACUAAUUUGUUGAUUCACCACUGUCUCCUUGAGGUGGAGAACGAUCCUUCGAUGAGGGACGCUUUCCAAAGAAUCGACGCCGAGAAUCUCAACCUGCGGAACUUCGCUGACAUGAAUCCACCUCGACCUUUUCCAGGUCGCCGCCGCCGCCGAUGAUUGCCAUUAGUAGUUGUGAUCGUCGAGUCAGUCUAGAGAGUUUUCGGUAGGGAUAAAUUAAAUUUUAGUCCCUAAAUUUUAUUUAUAUUAAUUCGUAAAUUUAGAUUUUUUUUUAUCUAUUUUCAAUCCUAUUAAUGAUGUGCCACCUUGAUAUUGUGUACCAUGAGUGCCAUAUCCAUUAACAGGAUUAAAAUAAGUAAAAAAACCUAAAUUUAAGGUUAGUAUAAAUAAAAAAAAUCAAGGAUCAAAUUAAAAAGAUUACAAAAUUUUAGGAUUUAAAAUAAUUUAUCCCUUCUCUAUCCCGUUCUUACGUUUACUGUCUGACUGUCUUUUAAUAAAAUAUAAGGUGCCGAUGAGUCCUUAGCUGCACAGCAGGGAGAGGCUACGGUACUUUAAAGUAACCGGUUCAA